CAACGGCCCAAUGCCGCCAUCGCGGGAUUUUCCGUCGGCCACCAUCGGUUUUAAAGACGUCGUCAGGCACUCAUCCAGAUACCUUACCAUUUCUGCGCACUCAAAAAACAAAGAAGAGAAGCGCACCAGUCAAACAAGAAAAGAACAGAACAAAUUCAGAAAGCUAUAAUUCCCACACAUCCUCACACCCAAACUAUUCCAGAGGAAUCAAGAAUAAUGCCAUUGAUCAAAAACUUCCCCCUCCCCGCCUCCGCCAGUGAGCUUCCCCCCCCGGAACCAACCAGCACCGACCCAUUUUUCUUGGUCUUCGUGACCUCCCCCGACCCAACGACGGGUCAGUCGUGGUGUCCGGACGUGCGCGCUGCGUGGCCGGUUCUUGAGAAGACUUUUGUCGAUGCUGAGGCGCCGAGGUUGGGGGUUGUAGAGGUUGGGCAGAAGGAUGAAUGGAAAAACCCUACCAACAUCUACCGCACGACCUGGAAGGUCCCGUGUAUUCCCCUGUUGAUCCGGUAUGAGCUUGUGGAUGGAGCGAUGGUGGAGACGGGUCGGUUGGCCGAGGGGGAGAUUCUGGAUGAGGGGAAGUUGGGGGCGUUGGUGGGGAGGGUUUAG